AAACCUAGAUUUGUCUGUGGUUUUUGUUUUUGUGUGAGACGAGAAAUUUGUGAAUUGUGGAUUUAAUUUUUCUUUUAUAAAUACGUUCAAGUGAUUUUCGUCGAAACUAAAUCAAAAUGAAGUUGUCACUUGUACUGUUUAGACGAAAUCGAUUGCCUAAUGGACAUAUAUUCAGAGGAAAAGAUCGUUUGGUGAAAAAAGUAGAACCCUUCCACCUUCGUGGUAUACAACAAGACUUUGCCAUUGAAGAACAAAAUAUGUUUUAUUUGAGAUUCCCUUAUCUGACAGAGGCUGAAAGCGCGGGACAUAUGAAGGCAUUAGGAAAGGUAGAUGAGAGAAAGAAAGCAUAUCGGGAGAAAAAUCUAAAGUUAUUUAAAGAAGAUGUUACACUUUAUGAAAGGUUGAAACACCUACGUGUUAAUGAGAGUUGGGAUUGAGUUUUAAUUUUUUUUUAUUAGGUUAUUGUUACUGUAGUUAUUAAAUAUUGUUUUAAUAGAU